AUGGAGACCCUGCGCUGCCAAUGCGUCUCCUGCAACUCGGACUUGGCCAGUUUUGUCAAUCUUUGGGUACAGAUUGGAAAAGGCUACUGUAGUCCCGUCAUCGAGGCCGAGAACAUCAAGUUGGAUCCGAAAGGACCCCAACGCGGUGGUGAGAGCGGGACCCUUGUAGCAGAUUGUCUGCUUCAGGAUCUCGUGUGCAUCAAGUGCCAGAGCAAUGUCGGACUUAAAUGCGUGACCUCUCCAGUCAAUCAUGUGUUACAUGAAGCUCGCAAGGAAUCCGAGUUGAACAUCCAGAGGUCUCUCAAACUGAGGCAGCCUGUCACGUCCGAACCCCAGCAGGCUACCUCAUCGGACGACCGCACCCCCGGGGAUAGGCCGCGUGCCAGUGCCGCUGAGAAUGGUGUACACUGUCAGGGGAGCUACGCUUCAGUCAGUGCAACGCCCCUCGGGCUGGAACGUCUUCAAGCCGAUUUGGAGACCCAACGCGCCGACAUUGAUCGGAUCGACACGGCGGCAUACCAGGUGGUGUCAUCGUUCGACAACUCCAUGAGCCGCAUCGACCGAGAGAUGCAGAUGCUCAACGACACCGUCAGAGACCUACGCCGGGACCUGGAGGCCAACAAGCAUGAGCUGCGACCCCUGAAGGCUGGGCUGUCUGCCGUCGAGGCAAACGUCUCCGACAAGAGUGCCCUCGCCAAACUCGAGAGCCAGCUGGAGAUGACCAACGCCGCCGUCUCGGCCAUGCGGAAGUUGGCUACCAGCGCCAAGACGGCCACCCAUCACCUGCAGGCCGACCUCCAAGGCUCGAAUAGGGAGAUGCGCACCUUGCAGACCGAGACGUCCUCUUUGCGUCAGGAACUGAACGCCGCCAAGAAAAAUGCGAAAGAUGCCCUGGCUGCAUCCAAAGAGCAAGAGCGGCAGUUUUCCGUCCUUCAGUCGGAGCUCGGGCAGAUGAGGGAGGCCAUGGCCCAGGACCGCGCCAGGCGGCCCGAGCCGCCGAAAUCCGAUUAUCCCACCAACGAACUCGAGAUCAUCACUGCCAACGUCUCCAAGAUUGGCAGAGAAGCUGGACAGAUCAGCAGCCUGCAGAUGGAGUUUGACCUGUUCAAGUCACGAAUGAGGAGGCUGGAAGGCCGCGUGAGCGUCUGUGAAGCGAAAGAUGUGAAUGAAACCCAAAGGGGAAUGGACGUCGGCGAUGGGCGGCAGCCCGCCGGGGCGGCAAACGCGGGUGAUGAUGAUGAUGAUCAUGCGCAAUCUUGGUUCCCCCAGGAGGGUGCCCGCAAAAGACGAGCUGCCGGUGUGAGAGACCCCGGGACAACAGGUGCUGACAUCGAAACCCCCCCAAAACAAAAACGGGUUGCGCAUCCUCGAGAUGACGUACGGCCCGACACCGCGAGUUCGCCCAUCGACGUUCCCUUGCCCCACGCAUCAUCCGGCCGGAAUAGAACCGUCUCCGCAGUGACUAGCAGUAGCAGUCGACAAGUCAACAGUCGGCGACAGACCAUGGCUGGAGUCCAAGGAAGGAGCGCGGUAAAACGGAAGUCCCGAGGAGGGGACGAUGCACUUGACGCCAUAUACACUCCUCCGGGCGAUUGA